ACUUUUGGGCAUAUACCAAAUUGUAGUGAAUGAUACAGUGGAAAAUAAAAAUGAAGGCAUCGCAAAUCAAUGUAGUGUUGGCGGCGGUAGUACUGCUAGUGGUGGUGUUGGGGUAUGAAGCAGAGGUGUCUGUGGCGGCGGCUGCAGUGACAUGCAACCCUUCACAACUGGACUCUUGCAAGCAGCCCAUCUUGUUCGGCACCCCUCCUUCCAAACUUUGCUGCACCAAGAUGAAGCAGCAAAAGCCUUGCUUUUGCAAGUACAUCAAGGACCCCAGUUUGAAGAAAUAUAUCCACUCUCCUAAUGCCAAGAAAACUGCUAAAACUUGUGGGGUUCCCGUCCCCAUGUGUUAAAGUAUUUGGUGUAUUGCCUACGAUGUGGUUGGAAGUGUGAUUGGUAGGUGUGUAUCUACUAUUUUCCUUUACGAUAAUUGUGUGGUAUAGUGCUAAUAAAGGCAAUAAUUUGGUUGUGGAAUGGGAUAUCCCUUUGAUCAGUUGUAAAGUCCUGCUAUUGCUUUCUAGUUUAUUUCUGUUGUUGAUCUUCAGUUGGUUGUGCCAUGUUUUGGUUUGAAA